AUGGCGUUCUCUGAAGGUGAUUUUGAGAAAGGGAAGAAGCUCUUCGUUCAAAGAUGUGGACAGUGUCACACCGUUGAAAAAGGUGGUCCACACAAAGUAGGACCCAAUCUAAAUGGUUUGUUUGGACGGAAGACUGGUCAAGCCCCCGGGUAUACCUACACUGCUGCCAACAUUAGUAAAGGCAUUAUAUGGAAUGAGCAGACUCUAUUUGAAUAUUUGGAAAAUCCAAAAAAGUAUAUUCCUGGUACAAAAAUGGUGUUUGCUGGUUUAAAGAAGGAAGCUGAUCGCAAUGAUAUUAUUUCCUACCUUAAAGAAGCAACAAAAUAA